ACAUAUAGCAAUUUUUUUUAAACAAAUGUUUAUUUGACAUCUAUGUUGGAACGUUUAAUAAUGUAUCAAAAGCAACGUCUUCCAGAUCAACUCAACAGGAACCGAGUCGGCGGAAACGUCGCCAAUCUACAAUCGGCAAUCUUUUGGGCUACAUUGUUUACAUGGGCAAUACAACAUGAGUUGGUUACACAGAAGAUUUGAAGCAAAUUACUGGAAAUAUAUGAACCAUCACUAUGAAGAUAGUUCUGCUGGUGCUGGUCGGACUGACAGUAGUCUGCACUCAGAAAAUAAGCUUGCGGCCGUAUGACCAAUAUGCCAAACACAUGUUCGUAACAUAUGACUCCAACGGUGACAGCAUCUUCAGUCAGCUGGAACUGCAGCAGUCAUUCAGAUAUUACGACACAAAUGGUGAUCAGAGAGUCACAAGAAAGGAGUACACAGAAUACGGAAACCACAUUCUUCCGGAACUUCACGAACUGACGCAUGCGCUGUAUAGCCUGUACGACAUGGAUAACGACCACAUCCUUGACCUCUGGGACUACGAGCAUCUGUACAAGCUGAUAGAUUCAGACGAAGAUGGACAGGUCACUGAAGCAGAGUUUGUUCACUUCUGGACAACGACGCUGGAGUCGCUGAACCACUUGCAUCCGGCAUAGAUAGAAUUAAAGAGAUUGUGAAUGUAACGCA